GGUUGGAGGUUAGGUGUGGUAGCCUGAUAGGCGGGCGAGAGACUGCAGGCCAGGCCCCUGGUGAGCAGUAAUAAACGUGCGAUGGGCACCAUUCGGACAAGGUGCUUGACCUUAUACACGACAGAAAUUGCCUUGACGAGCGAUGGUGGAGGUAUUGACCGCUGAUGCGGCACGCAUACGGUAUGACUCCAAAGCCGUCGUUGUGUUUGUUACGAUUUUGGCCUAAUGUUUUGUGAUUGGUACACGAGAUAUAUAUGGUACGGAUAUGUGAGUGUUGAUUCAGCUUGAUCACGAUAGACUAAUUUCGAGUAUGGAUCUUAUGCUGAUAGCUUGUCCUGUACGCCCCAUGCACGCAUAUGGUUCAUACACAGUUAUAUCAAAUACCAAUAUCAAUAUCGAGCCCGCUAUACCAACGCUUCUCCAAGUUGAGUUACAUUUACCGUCCCCCAUGGAUCCUUCAGAGAUAAGAGAGAAAAUCGGUCGCUUUCGAAUCCUCGUUACAGGAAGAGCAAAUGCAGGAAAAACCACCAUCCUCCAGAGAGUCUGCAAGACACGGGACAAUCCCGAAAUCUACGACAGCGCCGGGAAAAAGGUGGAUCUUGCAGUUUUAGCGCCAUCCAGAGAGCGCGGACUGCACGACAUCGAGAAUGAAACGGUGUUUCGAAGCAACCCAGGCUUCGUUUUCCACGAUUCACGCGGUUUCGAGGCAGGCGGCGAAUCAGAAUUCAUCAAGGUCAAGGCAUUCAUCACUGACCGUUCCAAGGAAACCAAAAUAACAAAUCAACUUCAUGCUAUAUGGUACUGUAUUCCAAUGGAUGAAGCAAGCAGGUCAUUCACUGCAAGUGAAGAUAAAUUCUUCUCUCAGUGCGACACAGGAAGCAUUCCAGUGAUCGUAUUAUUUACAAAGUUUGAUGCCCUCUACGGUGUCGCAUACUCAGAACUAAAAAAGGAAGGAAAAUCUCGGAAGGACGCUAAAGAACUUGCCCCGAAACACGCCGAAGAAACAUUUCGAGAUGGACCACAAUUGAAGCUCAUCAAUGGCGUCCAAUGGCCUCCAAAAGGUCAUGUAUGCCUUCCUAAUAUGGACAAAGAUAAUGCAGAUUGCGGGGCGCUGAUCGAACGCACGGCUGGAACCUUGGAUGACGAAGCACUGAAGCAAUUCUUCGUCUCGACACAGCAGACCAAUUUGGAGAUCUGCAUGAAAUAUGCAAUUGAGAGAACACUCCCAGAACAUUUUGACUCGGCAGAAAAAACGACAUCUGAGGGUCAUCAGAAGAUAAUAAGGACCUUGGCCGACUGGUUUCCGCAUAUUUCGGUAAGAAACACUUCAGCACGAUCACCUCGUAGAAAUACAGUCCAAGGUACUCUCUGUGCCCUCUAACGAGUCAUCACCCUUGGAGAUCAUUGUUCAGCUCAUUUCUGGUGAAUUUCAAGUUUACGUUGUGAUCAACCUGCUUAUUAUUGACCAUUUAGCUGUUGUC